AUGAUCUUGCGCCGCCUUGGCAUGACGAGGAUGCCCUCAACCUUGGCGGCCAUGCUCUCCCUUUUCGCUGCUUUGCGUUGCGUCCAGAAGCUGAAGGACCGGGAGACUGCCAGCAGGCUGGCAGACGUCUUGAAGCCUGGCGUGGACUUCCUCGGGAAGUGGAUGGGGCUGUUCCUGGCUCCCCCGCUGGUCUCCCUGGAUGCCUCCAUCGCACGACUGCCAUCCUACAGUGGGGGAGUUUGGGCAAACACAUCGUUGUUGCUGGGCCUUGGAUGGGGUGCGACGCACAGUGCUGCUGCUGCUGUCGCCUCUUCCCUGGUGCCGCAGUCUGCCAAGCCUGGUGCUUGUGCUACAUCGAUGGCUGCCAAGUCCGUGGCGGCGCCUGCUAAGCAGGUCGCCAACGGCGACAAGCCGGUCUCCCAGGACGAGGCGGUACGCCGUUCCUGGGUGUUGCUGGGUGCAGCUGGCUUUUUGGGAAUGGCUUGUUCUCCGGCUCUACCUUUGGUGCUACAUCGGCCACUUGGGAUGCUCUGCGAGAUGAGCACCACGGUUUCUUCCUUCGCUUUGGCGAAGCUCCUGCCGGACGCCGUGCAGCGCGUGCUUCACCCCCUGGUGAUCUGUGCGGUGUCUUCCAAUCUGGCAUCACGAUUCGUCGGCCCGACGGCACCUUAUUUCGAUGAAGGAUGCGGAGUCGGAGACAAGCUUUUCCAGUGGCUUCCGGCGGCUGUCACGGGUCUUGGCGUGAGAAUGUAUUCCACCACCCCUCUUUGGCUGGACAACGCAGAGGAUUUCAAGUGUGUGUUGGCCACGUGCUCGGCAUCCGGCUGCUUCUCCAUUUUGCUCUCGACGCUUGCUGCGGUGAACCAGAAGUCCCCACUCGCCGUGCCACCUCCGCUCUCGCUUCCGCUGCUCCACCGCUCGGUGAUGUCGGCUUUGGGAAUCGAGGGCUCUCAGGCCAUCGGCCCGGAGUGUGAUCCCAAACUAGCGGUGGCUUCCAUUCUCAUCACAGGAUGCAUCGGUGCUUCUCUGGGAAACGCAUUGCUGGAAGCGUUUCCAGCAAUCUUCAAGUCGUCCUCGCCAUUGGUUCGCGGUGUCGCUAUGGGUUGCUCUGCACACUCCAUCGGCACAGCUGGGCUGAUCUCCCUUGGGGACACAGACGCAGCUGCGAUUUCUGGUGCCUCGAUGUGCCUGGCUGGUACGAUGCACACGCUGGUGCUCCAGGUUCCUGGCGUGGUGUCCGGCAUCCGCUCCCUGGCAUGCCUUCCUGCACUGGCCUAG